CUCGUUUUAAGAUUUUCACACGCGAAAAUCACGCAACAGAAACCCUUAAAUUCCUGUGUUGUGUUGUUCUUCCGACCAUGGGCCGCUCACGAUCUCGUAGUCGGUCGCCCAAAAAGCACAAGAGCAAACACCGCAAGCGGAGCAAAUCUCGAUCGUCCUCCCACAGCAAACACGACCACCAUCACCGCAGCAGCUACGAUAAAUACCGAGAGCGCAGCUCCAAGUCCAGAAAACGAUCGAUUUCGGAAUCGUCCGACAGUAGCAGCGAUGUGUCAAACAGUGCUUCCCGGCACCAUCACAAAAAGAGCUCCCGCAGCCGGAAGCUGACCGAGGUGGAGCGGUUGGCGGAAAUGGAGCGUCAGAGGAGACAGAAGGAAGCAGAGCAAAAGAUGAUCGAAGAAGAGGCAGCGAAACGGAUCGAGCUGCUGGUAAAGAAGCGCGUUGAGGAAGAGCUAGAAAAGCGCAAGGAUGAGAUAGAGCUGGAGGUGCAGCGGCGCGUGGAGGCCGCCAAGAAGCAGAUGGAGCAGGAAAUGAUGCUCGAGCUGGAAAAGCGAAGGGAGCAGGCACGGGAAGAGGAACGGCGUCGAGAGGAGGAAGAGCUUAAAAAGCGCCAGGAACUUGAGAAUAUUAUCGCGGAAAAUAAUCGCAAAAUCGAGGAAGCUCAACGAAAGCUGGCCGAAGAUCGUCUGGCGAUUAUCGAAGAGCAAAGAAAGAUGGACGAAGAGCGUCAAAAGAUGCGCAAAGAGCAAGAGAAGCGCAACAGAGAUGAACAAAAGAUGAUUCUCGGCAAGAACAAUUCGCGACCGAAACUGUCGUUCUCUCUUAAACCGGGCGUCUAGUGAAUCGGUGAUGCUCUCUUCCCGACACCCUUUAUCCUCUUCCCAGUUCCGGGUUUUUCUUCUUCCGUUGGUGUCAUUCGAUGUACGUUGUAGGCAAACGAUGGUAGAAGAAGUUUUAGGAAUCUUUAACAACAAUGCUCAUUCAGUAAGGGUCGGUACUGCGACGGAAAGCAUUUUUCAGUGUGAUUAUGGCAUUAAAUGGGACAAAUCCACUCGUACCCCUAAUGAGGUACGAUUCGAUUUCGACCGCAUACGGUUUCCCUCAUUUUCCCUGUAAAGUCACAUCGAAAUCGGUUUUAGUACUAGAUCGAUCUUGUUUGGCUCUAGAUGUAAGAAACGUGCCCGUGCUUGUUGCACCAUCGCCAGAUAGUGAGGGUGCCGGCACCGAGCUGAUCGGACACAUAGAUCGCGUAUCGCGAUCUACGGUUUCUUCCAUUUCUUAAAUCGGUUGUGAUACGAUCGAUACCGAUCUCUCCAUCUUGGGUAACUGCUUGGAGAUGUCCUCUCUUCCUUGACGUCGUGUGUUACUUCUUGUAGAAGUUGUUUUUAACAUUAUUUUCAACAUAAUGGCGCUUGCUGCUCUGCUGCGAUUCUUCUACUCACAGACCUUGCAGACACACGCACAUUUAACCUUUUUUUGUUUUCUUUUAUAUGUGGUUUGGAUGCUUGCUUACCACUUCUGUAUAAUAGGGCUUGUAUUCGAUUUGCUUUCGAAGAUCCUUCAAAACUAGCGUUCUAUGUUAUCUAUGUUAUCAGCAUAACGAAACAAUCGUGAAGCAACUAAACCGAGGGUUCAAAAAGCAAUAUUUAUCCAUCGUUAUUCCAUUGCCAAGUCCGACAAUGCCAGUGUAACCCAAAUGUAGUUCUCCGUCUGGAGGACGUAGUAGUGCGAUUCAAGGCGCAUUGCGAGGUUUGAGGACGAUCGUAACUCGCACAGCUCGGACGUGUCCUGGGAAUCACGAAAGAUAAUACAUUAUGAAAUAAAUUUCGGCGAAAGAUUU